UUCACUAUCGAUAAGUUUCCUAUAUCGCUAAACGUAUUUGACUUGUACAAUUGGUCGUAGGGCGUUGUUUUUAUUUUCUAAUUGGAUUGCUUUUAACUCAGCAGGCUUAACAUAAAAAACAAUCAGUUACAAUGUCAACAAUUGAGGAGCGUACGGCAUACGAAAAGAAUCCUUAUUUUACUGGUCAUAUAUAUGGGAACUUUUCACCCUUUUAUGUGACUAUUGCUGUUUGCACCGUCGUUCUUGGCUCCAUACUUAUUUUAAAUGUCAUUCUAGGGUGUUGUUCGAAACACCGCAGAUAUUGGCAAGAUAGGCAUACAGGUAAUCGAUGGUUGGUUUCCAUUUGGUCAGCAACACCACACUUGCAGCCUCCUUUGGAUUUCACAGAACUUAAAGACGCCUCAUAUUUUGAACGAUUCUAUCCGAAAGCACAAAUCUUCCGUGAAGACAUCGAAGCACAGGAGGUGCCUGUACAUCAACCGCAUAUUGAACCGCAUUCACAUCAACUCCAGCAACAGCGACCACAACGUCCAGAGGGUCGUACAUUACACCAACAAAGGCAAAGAGAAGAAUACGUUGAAUUGCAGAAGCGCGAAAGCGAUAUCUAAAACACCGUCCACAACUCGAUAAUAGAAGAUGGCAUUUAUUUUACUAUAUCCAGCCGUAGCUGCUCUGGCGCUUUUUAUUGUCGGUGUAAUUAUUGUAAUUUUACGCUUUGGUCCACGGCUUUGUGGUUUACGUCAUCAUGCACUUCCCGACAACCAUGAAUGGGACGAAAAGAGCUAUGAGCACGAGAUCAGUUAUGCAUAGGUGAAACUCAACAAUGCUAUAACUAUAAAAUAAGUCCAUAUUUCUAUCAAAUAAUAUAU